CCAUUUCCAAACUAAUUGUUGUCAAAAACUAUUUAAACAAAAAUCAAUUAAAAAUUUGGAAAAUUUGUUUGUGAAAAUAUUUGAAAAUUGUGUUUUCAGAAAAAAAGAAAAACAUCAACAUCUCAAAAAAACGAAGAUGAAUUGAAAAUUGUUCAAUUGUCGCCACCUUCUUCACGUUUUCGUUUGCUCUGUCUGUCCAUCUCGCUGUCUGUCUGGCAUUCACAUUUUGUCGGCCUGCCAUUUUUUCCACAACAUAUUUUGACAUUGAAAAUUUUGAAACAAAAGACUGAAAAAAUAGAAAAGAAAAAACCCCAUCCCCAUCAGUGUUGUGUUUUCAAUUCGAUGGCAUUUAUUUUAAAUGGUUUUCUGUUUUUUUUUUGCUUCUGUGUCGUCUUCCCGAUACCAAGAUCCAUGAGUUCGUAGCCAGUAGCCGGGGUGUUGGUGGCGGUACAUUUUAAGUGUCGGAAAGUGUCAGUGUGCGUGUCUGCAUUUGUUUUCCCAACAAAAAUAAAAAAAAAACAAUUAAAAUUAUUUAACAACGAUUUUGAAAUGUUAUUUUUUGUUGUUUGGCAAGCAUCAGCUGUAGUUAAAGAAAAGUUGUUUUUCAUAAACAAAUAACAAAACGAAUUGAUAAAUAAAAUAUCUCCAAGUGUUUACAAACAAUAAAAUCAUAAAAAAUUCCAAAAAAAAAAAGGAAAAACAAAUUAAUUUCCUCAAAACUAGCAGGGAGUUUUGGAAAAGUGCGUGCCAUAAUCUAACUUAUCAUUCAGGAAAAUACCUAGCCACAGAAUAUUCAAAAUAUUCAGCCGGAACAUAUCUACCACAAACGUCUCAAUUUUGGCUAGUUGGGCUGCUUUGCUGGCUGGCACACACACACCAAAUAACUAAAUUAAAAUAAAUAAUCCCCAACCAAUAAACAAAAUAAAAUUUGAACAUAUUUCGCAUAGUUUUCUACCGCAUUUAUUACUGGCAGCUAUCUCCCACUUCGUCUACACCUCCCCCUCGCCGUUGCCAAAAAACAAAAAAAUAAUCCAAACACAGAUAAAAUCAACAACAGCAAAAACAAGAGUAGCCACAACAACAUCAUCAAAAUCGAAUAAUUUUCAUUCCUCACCCGCCGCCGCCGCCAUCCUGCCGCCACAACAACAAUGACGACCCGUGGCAUUCGACGCAAGAAAUCCACUUUAACCGAAUUGAAAAUUGCGGUCGUUGGAGCGCCUGGUGUUGGCAAAAGCGCACUAAUUGUUCGAUUUUUAACAAAACGUUAUAUAGGAGAAUAUGAUCAUCAAACAGAAAAUCGAUAUAAACAUGAAGCCAUGGUUGAUGGAGAACCAGUUCUGUUUGAGUUGCUCGACACAUGUCCCAAGGCUGAUGACGAAUUUCCCAAUGCCGCCGAAUUGGUACAAUGGGCAGAUGGCCUACUCCUCGUCUAUUCCAUAACCGAUCGCAAUAGUUUCAAUUAUAUACGUCGUGCCAAAUCGGAUUUGCAAUCGGAUACACCGGUCCAAUUGGUGGCCAAUAAAGUCGAUAUGGUGCAUUUACGUCAAGUCAGCCGAGAUGAGGGAGAAAUUCUAGCCAAAGAUUUUGAGUGUAAAUUUAGUGAAGUCUCUGCAGCGGAUCAUGUCGAUCAGGUGGCCGAGGUGUUUAUGGAUUUGUGCAAAGAAGUUGUCGCCUCAAAACGUAAAUCGAAGCAGAGUCUGUUGGAGCGUAUGCUGGGCAGUUCACGGCCCUACAGUCGGGGGAAGAGUGACAGUAAUUUGCCCAAAGAUUAGAUACUGAUUCAAAACCAUUUCCUCACACUCACCCUCUUCGUUCUACUCUUCCCAAAAAAAAAGGCAAAGACUUGAUUUGU